CCCCACGCACGGAUCGCACCCACAAGCCACGAGCCCCCAUCGCAAACUGCAGUAUUCUUUCCCCUCUGCUACUCGCCACCAGCGCGUCUUCUCUGCGACAUUCCUUUCUCUCUCUCAAAGGCUCCAACUUCCCCUUCCCUUCUCUCUCUACACUCUACAACUUUUUCGCUCCUCGGCGUCGUCGAUCUCCUCCAUGGCCGGCAAACCUGCAGACACCGGGAGCAACGACAAGGACUCGUCCAUGGCGAUGGCGGACGUGUACAGAGGCGAGCUGACGCCGCUGCAGAGGCACGUCGCCUUCUUCGACCGGAAUAAGGACGGCAUCAUCUACCCUUCCGAGACAUACGAAGGGUUCCGCGCCAUCGGGUGCGGCGUCCCUCUGUCCGCCGCCAGCGCCGUCUUCAUCAACGGCUUUCUUGGACCCAAGACGAUACCGGAGAACGAGAAGACGCCACCUUUCAAGUUCCCCAUCUACGUGAAGAAUAUCCACAAGGGCAAGCACGGGAGCGACUCCGGCGUGUACGACGCCCAUGGAAGGUUCGUUCCUGAAAAGUUUGAGGAGAUAUUCAAGAAGCAUGCCCACACCAGGCCCGAUGCCCUAACAGGCAAAGAGCUUCAGGAGAUGCUCCAAGCAAACAGGGAACCUAAAGAUUUCAAAGGACGGCUGGGCGGCUUCACAGAGUGGAAGGUGCUGUACGCCCUCUGCAAAGACAAGGAGGGGUUUCUUCACAAGGAGACCGUCAGGGCAGUCUAUGAUGGCAGCCUGUUUGAAAGGAUGGAGCAAGAGAGGAAGUCUAAGAAGGAGUCUGCAAAGAAGAAAUGAUAACAGAAUCACCCUCUUGUGUGGAAGUAUUUGUAAAUUGCAGUGUGCGUGUGGCUCUAUACAUUAAUACCGGCAGUUUGAUUGAUUACGCGUGUUUGUCAAUUCAUCUUCUUUAACAAGAGCCUCCUUCUAAAGAUAUUGCAAGUAUUUGCGGAUUAUGGUGGCUGAAUGUAUUAGUAGUUGUGGAUUGUGACAGCUGCCAAUAUUUCGAACUUAGCCGAUUUUAUAUUAGAAGAAAAGAGUUGAUUUAGUUUACGAGGAAA